AUGUUGGCUCCUACUUUUGACGAGGCUGACGAAGAGGUGGGCGAAUUGGAGGAGGACGCCGAAGUCGCCGACCUGGAGAUCAUGGACAUGGAUCAGAGGUAUUGGACCCAUAUAGGGGUUUUUCUGGGAGGAUCCCUUUGUCUGUGGCUUUGGACGGCGGAUAAGAUGUAUAUCGAAUUCUGUGUGAUGAAAGAAUAUGGUGUUCAUAAUUCUUGGACUAAGCUAUUUAAGUAUAGUGUUGCCGAUGAUCUCGGUCUUCCUGAUAUUAAUCCAUUAAGGUGUUUGAAGACGGUGUUCCAUACUGAAAGUGGCACAGUUGUGGCGAUAUACUAUGACAAAAAUGAGUUGAUAAGGAUUGAGAAGCUUGGAAACGUCGUCGUUACCAGUCGCCGACAUCCAGCUGGGGAGGUUUUGGAAGAAGUGGUGCAAUAUGAUGAGAGCCUGCUUUCGCUUAUUGAGUACCAAAACCCAACACAAGGCGGAAAUGAAGAGCGAGAUUCGACCCAAAAGAAUGAAGAGGGGGCUUCCACCAAAAAGAAUGAAGAGGGGGCAUGA